UUCAUAAAUCCAACCAGCUACUCCACCGCGUUCCUCUGACGUCUCCAUGGCAACAGCUUCUACUGUUGAUCAUCCCAAGAUGGCGGACGAGGAGAAAGCCUCAGCGCUUCCAGUUCCCACUGAAGCCAAGAAACGUCGGGCACCUAAAGCUCCGGAGCUUCCCAUUGUGGAGAGGAGAAACUGGCUAAUCCACCAGCACUAUAUCCGUAAAGACUAUGAUACCUGUAAGGCGAUCAUCAAAGAACAGCUGCAGGAGACUAAUGGAAUGUGUGAAUAUGCCAUAUAUGUUCAAGCACUAAUCAUGCGUCUUGAGGGCAAGAUCCAACCGUCCCUGGAGCUGUUUCAGAGCUGUGCCAUACUUAAUCCCAGCAGCGCUGACAAUCUGAAGCAAGUGGCCCGAUCACUAUUUCUCCUGGGAAAGCACAAAGCAGCGAUUGAAUUCUAUCAUGAAGCUGCAAGACUCAACGAGAAAGACUGGGAGAUCAGUCAUAAUCUGGGAUUGUGCUAUUUCUUCAUCAAAGACUUCAAAAAUGCUGAAGAGCAUCUAAACAUAGCUCUCCAGAUAAAUAAACAUGACAAGACAUUCAUGAUGCUUGGGAAGGUUCAUUUGCUGGCUGGAGAAACUGACAAGGCCAUCGAAGUGUAUAAGAAAGCGGUGGAAUUCUCUUCAGAGAAUACUGAUCUCCUGACCACUCUUGGCCUGCUAUAUUUACAGCUUGGGAAAUAUCAAAAAGCAUUUGAGCACCUUGGAAAUGCCCUCACUUUUGACCCCAACAAUUAUAAGGCCAUCCUGGCUGCAGGCAGCAUGAUGCAGACCCAUGGUGACUUUGAUGUGGCCAUGAACAAGUACCGAGUGGCAGCAUGUGCUGUGCCUGAGAGCCCGCCUCUCUGGAACAACAUCGGCAUGUGCUUCUUUGGAAAAAAGAAAUAUGUAGCCGCCAUAAGCUGCCUGAAGCGGGCCCACUACAUGUCUCCUUUUGACUGGAAGGUGUUGUACAACCUGGGUCUGGUACACCUGACCAUGCAGCAGUAUGCGUCUGCCUUCCACUUCCUCAGCGCAGCCAUCAACCUGAACCCACGUAUGGGGGAACUCUACAUGCUGCUGGCAGUGGCUCUGACCAACUUGGAAGAUGUAGAGAAUGCCACAAGAGCGUACGAACAAGCUGCGGCGAUUGACGACUCCAACCCUCUGGUCAACCUGAACUUUGCCAUCUUCCUCUAUAAUCAUGGCGAUAAGAAGGCAACUCUGGAUCAGUAUCAGGAGAUGGAGAGGAAAGUUAACCUACUACGAGACAGCAAUAGCAACUUUGAAUUUGAUCCUGAGCUGAUGGAUAUGGCUCAGAAGAUGGGAGCUGCCCUGCAGGUGACAGACAGUGUGGUGUGGACUAAACCAGGCAAGGACUCCAAAUCUAAACCAAACUCUGCAGCAGCCACCAAAACCCCCGGUGCUCCUCUUGGUACAAACCAAGCUCUGGGCCAAGCCAUGUCUUCUGCAGCCAGCUACAACAAGAACCUCCAGCUACAAACAGGAGGUUCUAAAGGCCCCUCCAUGCCCCUUGAGCCAGAACCUGAUGUGGACAGAGCCCCCAGCCCGCCCACUGAUCCUCCAGGCUCCCCGGAACCUGCAGAGGCAGAAAAUCCAAAACCCAAAAUCUCCAAGAGGAAAACUAAGGUGGAGGAAUGAGAUAGCUGGGCAGCUACAAUCUCUCGUGACAUCUUUGUCAUAAGGUCACUCUCAUGUUAUGCAGGAAAAUUACGGUUCUUAAACAGCAGCGAAGCUAUCUGUGGUUUUCUAGCUCAUUGUAGUCAGACAUGAGUCUGGUUUAGGUACAUGCUGCAUAGGCAUUUUAUGUCCCUCACAAUAAUUUGCUUUUCACUGAAAACGACAACGUGCACUUUGGUCAUACUGUUUAUUUCAGAAAUAUUGAAUGUCAGUGCAUCACUUAACACUUUUUAAACCAAAAGUCAGAAAUCAAGUGUUUUGUGUAAAUCCAUGUAGAUGUGGCAGGUUUGGUGCACAUGUCAGAACCAGUUUAAUCAGAUGUUGCAGUUAAAGAACGUCUCUAUUCGACACAAAGGUGAUACGGGCAAUUGUGCAGGUACCAGUGUGAAUAUUUGGUUUAGCUUAGCAAUAAGGUUGAAUGAUGAAUUUUCCUUGAAAUGACAUUUCCAGGGAAAGUGUCAGUCCUAAAAUAUGAAUGUGACGGAAAUGCUGUGACAAUCACUGCUUAAAAUCUAAGGACAGAAAAGGAUGUUACUGUGAAUAGUUACAGGAUAUUGUUUGUUUGUAUGAUAGGGCUCUUUUUGAUGGUUGCGUGUAAAUAGUGACACAUGCUUUUAUAUGUGGAUAAAUGUUAUGUUUAUAGAGAGUAAUGUAUUUAAUAUUAAAUAAGAAACUU